AAAUUGGUUUUCCACAUUUUCCGGUGUUUGUUUGUUGGAAAAUAUUUUCCCUAUGUAAAAUCAAUUACAAACACGGGAAAAAGGAGCCUUUAGUUUUGGAAAAUGUCUUACCGUUUCUAAUUCGGUAAGACAUUUUCAGGAAAAUUUUCCUUUCCCUUCCCCUUCCCCUUCCCCUUCCCCUAUCCUUGACACCUGAUCUUCUGCUUGCCAUCAGCCAACACCGAUUCUUAACACCAGACACCGGCGUUCAUCAAGUCUGGGAAUUCUAAGGUGGAAAUGGCUUUUUGUGCGUAUUCCUUCAGAUGAGGUUAAAUGAAGAAAAUGAAAGAUGCUUACUCUACCUGGAUGCUUUUACUAGAAAGCCGCUUAUAGCAACAGCAGAAAGGCAACUGCUGGAACGCCAUAUACCUGCCAUUCUUGAUAAGGGAUUUAUGAUGCUGAUGGAUGGACACCGUAUCGAGGACCUUCAGAGGAUGUACUCACUGUUUUCAAGGGUCAAUGCUCUUGAAUCACUCAGGCAGGCCAUAAGCUCAUAUAUUCGGAGAACUGGGCAGAGCAUUGUCAUGGAUGAAGAGAAAGACAAGGACAUGGUGUCUUCCUUGUUAGAAUUCAAGGCUUCACUUGACUCCAUAAUAGAAGAAAGCUUUUCCAAGAAUGAGGCAUUUUGCAACACCAUUAAGGAUUCUUUUGAGCAUCUAAUUAAUCUUCGUCAGAAUCGACCUGCUGAGCUUAUUGCUAAGUUUCUGGAUGAAAAGCUUCGUGAUGGUAAUAAGGGUACUUCUGAAGAGGAAUUAGAGGGUACACUUGAUAAAGUUUUGGUUUUAUUCAGGUUCAUCCAGGGCAAGGAUGUUUUUGAAGCAUUCUAUAAGAAAGAUCUUGCUAAAAGGCUGCUGUUAGGGAAGAGUGCUUCUAUUGAUGCAGAGAAAUCCAUGAUUUCUAAGCUGAAGACAGAGUGUGGCAGCUAGUUUACAAACAAACUUGAAGGAAUGUUUAAGUUGUCCUAAUUCUUGGCAGAGCACUCAAGUCUGUGUAGCUGCUGUAAACAUGGACAAAUAUCAAUAUGCAGGCUUUAGGUGGGUGAGCCAUUAGUACAUUUAUGCCCAUAAAGAACCUGCGUUACAUUACAUUACGUUAAAGGUUUCAAUAAGUUCAUUAAACAAAUUUACAAAUGAAAGAUUGUAAAUUUAGUGAAGAAUGUAUCUGUUUCGAUCUUUGUUUAAAGUUUUUAUGACAUAGAAUUGCAUGCAGUGCUUAUAUUUUCCUUUGGAGCAAAUUGAGUUCUUUUUGGCUUUCUACAAUAAAUAGACUAUGUUUCUAGCAUUACUGUUUUAUUUUUCAAAGAGUUGUAUAUUGCCUUUGGGUCCAUAAUUUGAUUCCUUUUUUUAUGUGUUCUUACUAAUAUAAGUUUUCUAUUUCUGUUUGUUUGAAGUUCAUGAGCAUGUUUUGUAUAAACAUGAACAACUGUUGCAAUGUAUGGAGGUUGUUCAUGUCUUUUUUAAAUGAUGAUCCUGAUGAAUCAUGUUUGUGAACAUAUUAUCUUGUCAAGGUUAUAAAUAGUAAUUUCAAAUUCCCAAUAGAUUUGGUUAAUCUUGCUUUUUAAUUUGAUGUGCCCGUUUUUAGAACAUUGCUUUGUUAUCUGAUAUAUCUUUUAUGGAAGGUUUCUUGAUUCUUACACAUUGCUUCCUUUGGAGUGGAAGGAGCUGUCAUUCUAAUAAUCGUCAAAUACUAAUACAGAUUAUUGUAGUUCUUCUAUAAGAAUGAUUAUGGUUGGAAAAAUUUCUGAGACUGUCGUGUUUAGACUUUUGUCAACUCCUAAUUCAGUCUCGUUUUGUUAGUUCAUUGGUAGUUAAUUUAGGAUUGAAGAUAUUGAUACUUUUAUGUGUUGUAAUAUUAUGCACUUGGACAAUGUUGUUACUAUGUGGUGUACUACUAAUUAUGUAUUUGGAUAAUAUUAUUUCUAGUACUCA